AAAAAUUGGAAAUAAAUAUAGCAUUCUUUUACUAAAAUACAAUAUGUGGUGUAUAUAAAUAAUAGUUUUAUUCACCAAGGAUUAUUCCAGCUAGGUGUUUUAUAAUUAUUCACAAUGUUUCGCGCGAUCACUAAGUUGUCGCCGACAAUUGCUUUAGGAAUAUUUCGACAUUCUUCUGGUCAAUAUGACAAGGAUCUGCUGAAUAUACCUAACCCUAGUAUUCCUGAAACGGGUUGGGAUAGAGUCAAAAGAAUGUAUACGGGAAAUGAAUUUGAAGAAGUUUCUGAAGAAUUAAACACAGUUCUGCAGUCAGCGUUAUGUGGAGCAUUUAUUGGUGCUUGCAUGGGAGGAUUUGUUAGUUCUCGUGUGGCUUAUCUGAAUUUCAUUGAGAAUAAUCAAGCUACAAUAUUCAAAUCCACUGCAGAUGCCAAGAAAAAGUUGCAAGACUAUGUAACUAUAGCAUUUGCGAAGGGAGCAUACAAAUGGGGCUGGAGGUUGUGUUUCUUCACAGGAGUGUUUAGUUUAACAUCAACUACAAUAUCGGUGUACAGAGGAGACACAUCUUUGAUUGAGUUUGUGUCAGCUGGUGCCCUCACUGGGGCAUUGUAUAAGAUUGACAUGGGUUUGGCCGCUAUUCUAGUAGGAGCCGGUUUAGGGUCUGCAUUAAGUUUAGCUGCUGGUCUUGCCAUUUUAGGUAUAUUGAAAGUGACUGGCGUUAAUAUGGAAGAUAUAAGAAAAGCUUUGUAUAAAUUAAAAGAAGCUCGAGAAGAACAAUACAAUCAAGUUUUAGAAAAAUCAUCAAAAGAAAAGUAUGACGGACUAACGGACCACCAUACAAUGUUAGUCAGUGAAGAAGGAGAGAAGAAAAUUGAAGAAAUUUAAAUAAUAAACAAUUCUAAGUAUAUUUAUAAUGUAAAUAAAUAAUUGUUAGUUAACAAAAUGUUUUG